UCUUUUCACACACAGAAAUGAAGUGAGUCUACAUCUCUCGGAGACAUUCAUUCUUUUACACCAUUGUUUCUCGAAUUUACAGUCGGCUGCUCAUUCUUAAGAUUUGAAACUCAAUGGCUUCGCUCGGAAUCGCAGUUGCUCUGUUCUGUUACGUUUUGGUCUUCUCGGUCACUGGUGCGGAUUCGGCGACAUUCACUAUAGUCAACUCGUGCAGCUUCACGGUCUGGCCGGGGAUCCUCUCCGGCGCCGGAACCGCGCCGCUCUCCACCACCGGCUUCGCCCUCGACCCUGGCGCGUCCACCUCGGUGACCGUCCCUGCCUCCUGGUCCGGCCGCCUCUGGGGCCGCACCCUCUGCUCCCAGGACCCCGCCACCGGCAAGUUCGCCUGCCUCACCGGCGACUGCGGCUCCUCCACCCUCGAGUGCUCCGGCAGCGGCGCCACCCCUCCCGCCACCCUCGCGGAGUUCACGCUCAACGGCGCCGGCGGGCUCGACUUCUACGACGUCAGCCUGGUCGACGGGUACAACCUCCCGAUGCUGGUUGUGCCGCGGGGCGGCGCCGCCUCCGGGGCAGGGAACUGCACCGCGACGGGGUGCGGGGCGGACCUGAACGUGGGGUGCCCGCAGGAGCUGAAGGUGACGAGCGCCGGGAGCGAGGGCGGGGUGGCGUGCAAGAGCGCGUGCGACGCGUUCGGGGAUCCGCAGUACUGCUGCAGCGUUUACGGGUCGCCGGACACGUGCAGGCCGAGCCAGUACUCGGAGUUCUUCAAGAGGGCGUGCCCGAAGGCCUAUAGCUACGCCUACGACGACGGCAGCAGCACCUUCACCUGCGCCUCGGCGGAUUACGAGAUCACAUUCUGCCCGAAGCCUUCCACGAGUGUCAAGGCGGCGGGCGGUGAGUACGCGAUGUUGGCGGCGGAGGUCUCAGGCGGCGUUGCCUCGUCGUCAUGGACGCCGCCACUCUCGGCCGUCGCUGUCACCGUUUCGGCGACGGUUUGGCAAGUGCGGCGGCUGUUCUGAACUGGAA